AUGAGCUGGGCAGGUGGGUUUUAAUCCCACGCCCACAAAUCAGUGCUAAUGAGCCAAUCCAGGCUUUAAGAAAACGGUUAACCGGACCGCGGUCCAGGCCAUGAUGAAAGCUGGUCGGUUCUCACUCAUCCCUCCCAUCUCUUCGGCUAUCUCUAACGGACAUUAGGCCAGAUCGAAAAGACAAACGAUCGCGACUAUGAGGUUGAGGAGCGCCGGUUCAGAACCAUGGAGGCCGCCGCGACAAAGCUGCAAAAGGAGGCAAAGGGUUAUCUAGAUGCCUUGCGAGGUGAGGUUUGAUGGUUACUUUGUUCUGGACAUGCUGCCGGCUAACAUUGCAUCGCAGCUAUGACUGCAUCUCAAAUGAGGAUCGCCGAGACGAUCGAUGCAUUCUAUGGCGAUGCCGGAACCCGCGACGGAGUCAGCCGCUCCUACAAGCAAGCUGUGGAAGAGCUCGAUGCCGAAACUAUCAAGGCUCUGGACGGCCCUUACAGGACUACUGUCUUAGAGCCUAUCUCUAGAUUCUGCGCUUACUUCCCAGACAUUAACGAAUGUUCAGACUCCCCCAAGCCGGUUGUUUCUAGGUCACAACUAAUAGAAUCGUGCGUCAGGCAUAAAAAAGAGGAAUCACAAGCUCCUUGAUUACGACCAGAUGCGGGCAAAGGUCAAAAAGCUAGUAGAAAAGCCUGACAAAGAUCCCGGAAAGCUGCCGAGGGUGUGUUGCCAUUCAACUGACUUCUGAGACCUGGCUCUGUACUGACGCUCAUUACAGACCGAGAAAGAGGCUCAGAUGGCUCGCGAUGUCUAUGAAGCUCUCAAUGAACAGCUUACUACAGAAUUGCCCCAGUUGAUUGACCUCCGGGUACCCUAUCUCGACCCUUCAUUCGAAGCACUCGUAAAAAUUCAGCUCAGAUGUAAGUUUCCCCCCCUAAUCGCCCUCCCUCCAGACAUGAUCGAUUGAUUCUUGCGCCCCACAGUUUGUGCAGAGGCAUACUCUAGAAUGGCCCAAGUCCAACAAUAUCUCGACCCGAACACCAGAGAACAAUACGCUCAAGGCCACCUUGACCAAAGAGUAGAACAAGUUCUACAGGAGAUACGUGAUCUUAGCAUUGCAGGUGCUACAUAAACAAAGUUCAUUAGACGAGAUACGCGGUGUUCUUCUGUCAUUAGUUCGUGUGGCGUACUGUACCAAGAGCUAGUUCAUACAAAGGAAUUGACUCUGAUAAAAAGAU